UGAAUUGUGAAUGUUGAAUGCGUCUUUGAGUGAUAAAUUCAAUGAAAAUUCAGUGCCCAUUCUGUUCUCUCUUUCUCUGCCCAGAAACCCUAAACCCCUAAACUCACAAAUCCUCUCCAUUCCUCUCACCAUGAACUCCACGCUAGCCACGUCUUUCCUCCAUCUCAAAGCACCUUCCUUGAACUCUCCUUCUCUUCCCCAUUUCAUCUCUCUCAAGUCCCAUAAUCCUAAUACCAAUUUCUCAUCUAUUUCUACCCUUAGAUCAGUCAGAGCAUCAUCAGAUCAUACCCACAAACCUUCCAUUCUCAAAAGCCUCACCAAAGCCGCUAUCCUAAUUGGUUUCACAGCAUCAGUUGCAGUCAGAUUCUCAGUUUUGCCGGCCAGAGCUGAAACUUCUGUACCUCUUACAGAAAAUAGGCCAACCCUCGAGGAAGAGGAAGAAGCAGAAGUAGAAGAAGUAGAGGUAGAGAAACAGCAAAAUCAGAACCUAAAUGAUCGAUCAACACCAUUCUCUCGACUGCUUGACUCAAGUGCUGAAGCAAUUGAAUCUCUCAAAUCACUUUUACAACAAAAGCUCGAAAAUGGGGAAGACGAGGAGGCUCUGAAGGUACUUCAGCGUCUAGUAGACGCACAACCGUCCGUGACCGAGUGGAAAUUCUUGAUGGCUAGGUUGUUAAAUGAAGUGGGUCGAACUCUGGAUGCACGCCAGGUGUUCGAAGAAAUUCUCCAUGUGAAUCCGUUGUCUUUUGAGGCACUAUUCGAGAAUGCACUCCUAAUGGAUCGUUGUGGAGAAGGAGAUGCGGUUAUUAGGAGGCUACAAGAGGCUCUAGACAUCGCCAAAGAGGACAAUAAAGUAAAAGAAGCAAGAGAUGUGAGGUUCAUUAUAGCACAGAUACAAUUUCUGCAGAAGAAUGUAGAGAAGGCAUUGAAGAGUUAUAAAGAGUUGUCCAAGGAAGAUCCCAGUGAUUUCAGGCCAUAUUUUUGUCGAGGAAUGAUAUAUAGCUUGCUUGACAAGAAUGAGGAGGCAAGAGAACAAUUUGCCAAGUAUAGGGAGCUUUCACCCAAGAAGUUUGAGGUGGAGGGCUAUUUGAGGACCCCAUUGUCAAGGAUGAAGGUUUUUGGGUCCAAUGAGGAGAAAUGAGCUACUUAACCUUGGUGGGUUCUUGAUUAAUAAAGUAAUAAUGAUCAGAAAGAGCCGUUUUUUUUUUUUUUUUUUUUUUUUUUUUGCGGACAGACAAGGGGACACUGGCUGCAUUUUCAUGUAACCCUCGGCUUCUUUUGCAAGUUUAGUAAGUUAUUGUUUUAUAGGAACUGAUGUUGAAUUUUCAUUAAUAGGAAUAAAGGAAAAGGCAUAUCUUAUUGCUA